AUCUUUGAUAAUUAUUGCAUAUAUAGCUAAUAAUUUGCAAGAAAGCUUUCAUAUUCUUUCUCCGAAACAAUAUAUAGCUAAUAACUAUACUCUUCAGCUAACCUUUCUGACUGCUGCAACUUGAUCUUUAAAGUCGCCAGGUUGGUGGAAUCCGAACAACUCAAACACCAUAUUGAGGUAACCUUUGCGAUUGUUGCUUCUGAUUGCAUGAAUGCAUGUAGUUUUACAGCAAUAUUAACACUAAGAAGAUUGCGAAACAAGAUAAUUGUUACAUGGGAUUUUAUGCUGUCAUGUUUUUGCUAGUAUAUAACUCUUCUUUGCUUCUUUGAAACUACAUGUAAAUUGAAAAACAAAUUGAAAAAUAUGUUUGGGUAGUUGAAAUAAAUUACCGUUCCCGAUUGCUGCAAUUUCAUAGCUUGUGGAAUCCAACCAACCCUUCGUUAUAUAGAGAUAGACAUCAUUGAUGAGUUCUUUGAGUUAAUUCCUUGCAUGUCUUCUAGAACAAGAUCAUUCCAUUUUAGAAUGCCGACAGAAAAACGCAAACAAUCCAAAGAUGAAGAAAAUGAUUCAUCCUCGCGAAAGAGAAGAAAAGCUGACCUCAAUGCCAUGACAGAGCCAGAUUCUUCUCGAUCUAGACCACAAGGGGCCUAUGAUGUCUUUUUGAGUUUUAGAGGAGAAGAUACUCGCAAGACAUUUACAGAUCAUCUAUAUACUGCCUUAGUCCAAGCAGGAAUCCACACUUUUCGAGAUGAUGAUGAACUUCCUAGAGGAAAAGAAAUCUCCCAACAUCUCCUCGAGGCAAUUCAAGAAUCAAAGAUAUCUAUAGUGGUCUUCUCAAAAGGAUAUGCUUCUAGAUGGUGUCUUGAUGAACUUGUGGAGAUUCUAAAGUGUAAAUAUAGGAAAACUGGUCAAAUUGCUCUUCCUAUAUUCUAUGACAUCGAUCCUUCAGAUGUAAGAAAACAGACCGGCAGUUUUGCAGAAGCAUUUGUUAAGCAUGAAGAACGUUCUAAAGAGAAGGUCAAGGAGUGGAGAGAAGCUCUUGAAGAGGCAGGAAAUCUAUCUGGUUGGAAUCUCAAAGAUAUGGCAAAUGGGCAUGAAGCAAAAUUUAUCCAAGAGAUUAUCAAGGAUGUGCUGACUAAAUUGGACCCCAAGUACUUACAUGUUCCUAAGCACCUAGUAGGUAUUGAUCCGCUUGCUCACAAUAUUUUUCACUUCCUAAGUACUGCAACAGAUGAUGUACGCAUUGUGGGCUUACAUGGGAUGCCAGGAAUAGGAAAGACGACUAUAGCAAAAGUUGUAUUUAAUCAACUCUGCUAUGACUGUGGAUAUGGAUUCGAGGGAAUCUCUUUUCUUUUGAAUGUCAAAGAAAAAUCAGAACCUAAUGAUUUGGUUCUUCUACAACAACAACUACUUCAUGAUAUUUUAAGACAAAAUACUGAGAAGAUCAAUAGUGUUGAUAGAGGAAAGGUUCUGAUUAAAGAACGACUCUGGCGCAAAAGAGUUCUUGUUGUUGUUGAUGAUGUGGAUCAUCUGCAACAAUUAAAUGCUUUGAUGGGAGAGCGAAGCUGGUUUGGUCCCGGAAGCAGGGUGAUAAUUACAACUAGAGAUGAACGCUUACUUCUUGAAGCUGAUCAAAGAUACCAGGUUCAAGAAUUGGACCCAUAUGAGUCCCUUCAGCUAUUCUGUCAGCAUGCGUUUAGGGACGCCAAGCCAGCAAAAGAUUAUGUUGAGCUUUCUAAUGAUGUAGUUGAAUACUGUGGAGGACUUCCUUUAGCUCUUGAGGUUUUAGGUUCUUGUUUGAUUGGGAAAAAGCAAGCUAGAUGGGAAUCUGUAAUUGACAGAUUGAGAAGAAUUCCAGAGCAUGCUAUUCAAGAAAGGCUUAGAAUAAGUUUUGACUCACUGAAAGCCCCUAAUCUAAAGAAUACAUUUCUUGAUAUUGCAUGCUUCUUUAUUGGUGGACAGAAAGAAUACGUAGCAGAAGUGCUAGAAGGACGUUAUGGUUGCAAUCCAGAAGAUGAUUUCGGAACUCUCAUUGAAAGGUCUCUGAUUAAAGUUGAUGAUUCUGGAACGAUAAGCAUGCAUGAUCUAUUACGAGAGAUGGGAAGGGGGAUCGUUAAGGAUGAGUCACCUGAAAAUCCUGCACAAAGGAGCAGAAUUUGGUGUCAAGAGGAUGCGUGGAAAGUACUCAAGAUGCAGAUGGGAACAGAAGUUGUACAGGGCCUUGCACUGGAUGUGAGAAGAUCAGAAGAGAAAUCACUAAGCACACGAUCAUUUGCAAAAAUGAAAAACUUAAAAUUACUGCAAAUCAAUGGAGUAGAUCUCACCGGAUCUUUCAAACGGCUUUUUAAAGUGUUGACUUGGAUUUGUUGGCUUGAAUGUCCUUUGGAAUUUUUGCCAUUUGAUCUUACACCGGACUGCGUAGUUGUUAUUGAUAUGAAGUACAGUAACAUCAAAGAACUAUGGAAGGAAAAAAAGAUUCUUAACAAUCUAAAGAUCCUUGAUCUCAGUUAUUCAAAGAACCUUGUUAAAACAGCAAACUUGCACAGUUCAAAUCUAGAGAAACUACUGCUUGAAGGUUGCUCAAGUUUAGUUGAGGUACAUCAAUCUAUUGGACAUUCAAAGUCUCUUGUAUGUUUGAACAUUUCGGGGUGUUCACAACUUAAGGAGCUGCCGGAGUGCAUGGGUGAUAUUGAGUCCUUCACUGAGCUUCUAGCAGAUGGAAUUAACAACGAGCAAUUUCUCUCUUCAGUUGGACAUUUAAGGUGUGUGAGGAAGAUGUCAUUGCGCGGACACUGGAGGUGGAAGUUACCAUAUCGGCCUUCACCAAAUUCUUCUUGGAUUUCAGCUUUUCGGAUAACUCCAACUUCCACUAUUUGGAGAGUAUUGGGAAAGCUAAAACUUGUUGGUUAUAGUUUGUCUGAACAUGCAACUAAUACUGUUGAUUUUGGAGGUUUGUCCUCUCUCGAAGAGUUGGAUCUAUCAAGAAACAAGUUCUUCGGUCUGCCUUCUGGCAUCGGCAUCCUUUCCAAGCUGCGGCUUUUGAGGAUUGCGCUUUGCAGCAAUCUUGUAUCAAUCCCAGAGCUUCCCUCAAAUUUAGAACAUUUGGAUGCAUAUGGUUGCGUAUCAAUGCAAUGGGUAAGACUACCAAUCCAAGCAAAAAAAAAUCUAAAUCUGGAUAUGUUUUGUUGUUCGGAUUUAGUAGAGAUUGAAGGCAUGGAAGGUCUAAGUAAUCAUGGCUGGAUUAUUCGCUCUGUUUUCGACUACAAGUCAUCAAAUAAUUGUAAGAGAAGUCUUGUUGAGGCAUUGUGCUACGGUGGUUAUGGGUAUCAAAUUCUCUUCAAUCGAUGUUAUGCGUUCGGCCACAGAGACAAGUUCGCUAUGAUUCCAAAUUGGUUCAGCUACCGAGGAAAAGGAAGUUCAUUAUCAUUUCAUGUACCUCCAGUUUUCCAAGGCUUGGUCGUUGGGGUUGUCUGUCAAGGCUUGAUAGGUCUUUUUGGUGCCGCCAAAUUGUGUAUAAAAAAUAAAAGCAACGGUAUUCAAUUGUUUGAAGCUUACGUAUGCGAUUCGGUCGCUCACAAUUUGAUGACAUACAUAAGUACAAGUGAGAUGGCAAUUGAAGAAUAUUGUGAAGAUGAGGAAUUGGAACUGUGCGUGGGACUUUAUACGGGAGAAGACGCUGAAGUGUUUGAAUGUGGGAUCCAUGUGAUAGUUGAAAAGACAGAUUCAUUUGAAGGGUCAGAGUGGGAUCAUGAGUCUGAAGGGUCAGAGUGGGAUCCAUGUGGGCCAUUUGGGCUGUCUGUUCAGGUGGUGGGUGUCAAGAAUACGAGUCUAUUAUAAAAAAUAAAAGAAACGGUAUUCCAUCGUCCGAAGCUACACAUGCAAGACCCUAUUUCCGUGGUAGGUGGGUAAUAGUCAUAAGCAAACCUGAGAUAGCAAUGGAAAAAUACUGCGGAGAUGAUGAAUUGGAACUAAAU